AUGUCUUCUUUGCAAACUCGGCGGGUCGUGACAGGCCACUCCCCGGAAGGGAAAGCCAUCUUUGAGGCAGAUGAGAUAUUGCUGUCCCUAAAUCUAUUGACGGGGAAACCAAUCUCCGGCAGUAUUGCAGGUAUUGCCAACAUCUACAAGACCGAGAACUGGCCUGCGGCAUUGAAUGUGCCUUUCGUCGACUACUACAACAAGCCUCUUGGUCUCACGGACGAGUCAGGCGUUAUCUGCCGGGUUAUCCACUUCCCCCCCGUCAAAGACCCAGCCGAAGACAAGCUUAAUAUCCUCCAUCGAACCCAGAGCCUUGACUUUGGGGUGGUGCUUCAGGGUGAGAUCCAACUAGAACUCGACGAUGGUGAGAAGCGAUCUUUAAAGCGAGGGGAUGUGGUUGUGCAAAGAGGGACUAUACAUGACUGGAAAAACGUGUCCGACCAAUACUGUGUGAUGUUAUUCGUACUUGUUCCGGCCGAACUGGCUAGAGUUCCGGAGACGGGGAAGACAUUGGAGCCCAUCUUGCCUCCGAUGCCAUCUGGUGAAAGCGAAUAG